GACAGGUGAUCCAAGUCAUCGAUGUUGGAGCCUUCGCAGGUGCGGUGAGCUGCUAUUGCUUGGCGCUUUGGGAUGCCUUGAACAAGACCGGUGGUGUUGAUGGUGCAGGUGCCAUCCGUGUCACCGCGCUCGAGCCCUCGCCCUUGCGUUGUGCGGCUCUGCAGGGCGAUCUGCGGGAGGAGACGCUGCGUCGCGUCCCAGAUCUCUGUCGACACCAAGAGCGCAGCCAGGGGCGCCUGGAGGCCCAUUGCGUGGCGGCGUCUUCGGAGGACUCGGAGGCCUUGAUGCAAUGCCCCAACGGCAUGAGCUUCCUGGCGGAGGACGCCCCGCACGCCGUUCAAACGGUGACGGUCUCGGACUCCAAGUGCGAGGAAGCCACCUGGGUGAAAACCGUGAAACUGGACACCCUCACCAAAGACUUGGGCAUCCAGCAGGUUCAUCUCCUGAAAGUGGACGCUGAGGGUCAUGACCUGGAAGUUCUUCGUGGAGCUUCCCGGCUCUUCCAAGCGCGUCGGAUCCGCUUCGUCAUUUUCGAGGCUUGUGGCAAUGAGUGCCCGCAAGUGAAGGGACAGUCGCAGACCGAACGUGCCAUGGAGUUCUUCCACGCUGCUGGUUAUGUUUGCUUCAUCAUUGCACCAGAGAUGUUGAUCCCGACUUCAGGGGAGUGGCUGACCAAGCUCUACAAGAGCACCUGGCAUGUCUUCAACGUGCUUUGUGCGCAUCGCUCAGAGCCACUGAUGAAGGACAUCAUCCAGCAGUACACCCGAGUUCCUCGAGCUGCUCAGUUUGCCCUGUCUGCCCUGGAGAACUCGACGUCCUGUGGCCGUAGCUGCCUGGACCCUUUGCUGGGCGACGCCGUGUUGCUGCGCCGUGCGGCCGCCGCGGAGCUCGUGGUGCAGGCCUUGCAUGAGCGCAUGGCGCUGGAGGGCUGGAAUUUGUACACCGUGGACUUUGCGCGCGCGAGGUCCAUGCAGUCCGCUGGCCAGGCCAAUGCAGCCUUGGUUCUCUACCAGAAGCUGCAAGCCAGAUGCUGCCGAGAGCCGGCGACCUUCGAAGCGCAACGGGAAUACCACAAGCUCAAGCAAGGAUACAUCCAGUCCUACCUCAAGACCGUGGCUGGCUUGCUUGAAGGCCGUGUGCCGAGAAAUGGCACCCGCCGACCCGGAGAGGCCACCAGGGGAGCGUUGCACGAGAUCGCGUGGUAUCAUCAGCGCGCUGGGUCGGGAGCUCCUUUCGAGCAGGUGCACAAGUGCCAGGCGCUGAAAUGGCUGUCGCCCUUGGCCGAAGCCGGUGAUGCAUUGGCCUGUUUGGAAUUUGGCUACCUCACCCACUUCGGGCUUUGCACUGGUCGAAUGACCCGACAAAGCCUGGCAGAGGCCAGUCGUUGGUACCGCCGCGCAAUGGAUUUGGACACGCAGAAGCGCUAUGGGCCGGGCGUGUUUGCUGUGCAGGCGGGAACGGAAGGAUCAAGAUGA